AAGGCAUGGAAAUAGGUAUAGUAGGUACCUACUAGCUUGUGAUAUGGCUACCAUAACAGGGAUAUACGAGAGGUACCUAUAUAGGGGUAUCAGGUGUUGAGAGAAGUCCCAUGGCAUGCGGACGAACGUUUCAACUUAUCAACUUAGGCCUCCAACUUCGUCACCUUUUAAUAUUUCGAUCAUAUCUUCAUCCUGUUUUCAACUCCUCCUACCUACCUAGGUACCUAAGCAGAUCUAUCCUUACCUAUCCUACCUCUACAUAUUCAUACAUUCGAUUCAUACUCGCGCAACAUAGUGCCCCUCAAUCUAUAUCUCUAUCAUCAUGGCUUCUAACCUGACAGUUCUGGUGAAAAAUAUCAGCGCAGAUGCGAGCGACAGCGAAAUUAAAGAUUUCUUCAGCUUCUGUGGCAAGAUUACCGAGAUCAAAGUCACCCCGGGCGAGGGGAAUACAAAAGAUGCUAGCGUCACCUUCGAGAAGGAGACUGCUGCUAAGACUGCGCAGCUCCUGAAUAAUACCCAACUCAAGGGAUCGCAAAUUUCUGUAAUUCCCGCCGAUGGUAAAUCUGAUGACGGUACCCCUCACACCACCAAUGCCGACCGCGAUACCGACGAGAUUACCCAGGAGGAGAAACCGAGAAGUCGUAUCUUGGCCGAGUACCUUGCACAUGGUUACGUCAUUGGUGAUGCUGCUCUCCAGCAUGCGAUUGAGCUUGACCAUAAGCACGGCGUUACCAACCGUUUCAUGAACACCUUGAUGAACCUCGACCAGAAGUACCAUGCUACCGAGCGUGCUAAGGCGACUGACCAAUCGUACGGUAUCACGAACCGGGCCAGCAGCCUCUUCAGCGGCCUCAGCUCGUACUUUGAGAAAGCCGCAAGCUCUCCCACUGGGAAAAAGUUGGUCGGCUUUUAUACCCAGAGCCAGCGACAAGUACAAGAUAUUCAUGCCGAGGCGCGCCGUCUAGCUAAUCUCAAGAAGGAGGAACAUGGUGGUUCGGCAUACAAGGCUUCAGGACUCGAGAGGGUCUUCGGUAAGGAGAAGGAGCAGGAGAAGGAGCAGGCAGCACCGACGGAUCCAUCUGCAGUUCCUACCCCCGGCCCUAAGGCUGGUACAGAGGAAUCUACUCCUCUGAGCACCGCGGGAGCUAUUCCCUCAAAGGCGCCCGGAGAGGAGAAGGCGUAGAGAUAUAUGAUGAGAGCAGUUUGAUGUUGUUAUGAAUUACUAUGACUCGGGUACUGGGUUUAGUGUAGCUUUGUAUUAGUCGGGUAUGGUAAUUUGAUUGCGUUCGUCUGCAAUACGUUUUUCUUUUCAUAAUUAAAGAACUGCUACCAAUGUCCGUCCUGCUGAAUACUCAAUGAAUUUUGUGAUUUAUCUAGAAUGCUUAACUUGGCUUUUUAAGAUGUGUUCAG